GCUUUUCACUUUUAGGGCUCAGAAUCCAAUGGGCGCCCCAGCUUGGAGCUGAGCCACAGUGCACACUAGUGAGUACUCAAUGGAAUGGGCAGACAGACGCCACCACCCUAGGAACAAUAAACCACCUUCUUUGCUGUACAAAAUGAUCUGACCAAUCUGAGCUGGAGUUGAGAGAAGGCACGGGAUUAUAUUGUCCUGGCAGGCCCUGACAGAAUGUAGGUUCAGGGCUUAGGUAGUUCGAGGCCAAGAAUCACAAGGUGACUGAAACCAGCUGUAGGUAGCUUGCUGAGGUCUCAUUUGUGGGUAAUCUAAAGAGGGUCUCUUCUGUGGCUGAACCACCAUGGUUCUACUGUGCUGCAUUUGUUUUGAGAAUGCACAGUCCGACAAGGUUCAGGCCCGUGUCACAAUCUGUGGCCACAUUUGCUGCUCUGAUUGCGCUGACAUCUGGUUCCAGAACGAGACCGCCUGCCCAGUCUGCCGAAAGUCCCUCAACAUCCGGACGGAACUAAUCACCAUCUUCAAUCAAGAGCCCGCAGCCAGUGACGUUAAACGGAGCAGCGCAGGGGAAGAGGCUGUCAGCAGCACGGCAAAGGACGCCUCAGAAGAUGUGCAGAUUAAGAGCAUCCUGGCUCAGGUCAGCUCCCGGUGGCAGAUGGCCUGUAUCGAACGGGCGCAGCUCAAGUGCAAGCUGGCCGACAGCGAGAAGCAAAGGCUCGAGCUGGCCGAAAAGCUCGCACGCUGUCAGGAGCAGAACGCGGCGCUGCUGCGGUCGCUGCAAGAGGAGGUCCUGCCGCCGUAUAGGGUGGAGCAGGACGGGGGUUACGACAGCGAGGGGGCGGGGUGUGAAGAAAACGAGCGGGGGGAUGGAGUCAUAACCCGGUUAGAUGUUGCUCGACGCUGGCGGCAACCCCCCGCAGAGGUAGAGGAGAGGCUGAAUGCUGGAUACUGGACGCUAGCUCAGACCUUCGCCACCCAUUCCGAGCCGGUACAUGGAAUUGCCGUAGGGACGACGUCCAGUGGUCGCACUCUAGUGGGGACUGCAUCCUGGGACCACCGAGCGGUUUUGUAUGAUGUGGAGGAAGGCACAGAGGUCACGCAGCUUUUGGGCCACAGUUUGGGCCUGUACGCGAUUGCGUUCUCGAAGCAAAAGCCGGACCUGGUGGCGACGGUCAGCUCGGACCACACGUGCCGGCUUUGGUCAGCGACGUCGGGGGAGUGUUUGCAGGUGUUGGAGGGGCAUGCCGAUGAGGUGAACGGGCUUUCGUUUCAGGCCAACUCGAGUCUCUUGGCCACUGCCAGUGACGACCACACGGCGAUCAUCUGGGACACCGAAAAGGCAGAGCCCGUCGUGGCACUGCAGGGCCAUCGAAACACGGUGUAUGGGGUCUGCUUCCAGCCCCGGGGCAGCCUAAUAGCCACGGCUUCGUUCGACUGGACGGCCAAGCUGUGGGACCCUCGGACGGGAGAGGACGUCCAAACGCUAGAGGGACAUCAAGAGGACGUCAUCGGUGUCGACAUGGACGAGUCGGGCCGAUUACUGGUGACCGGCAGUGACGACACGACCGCCAUGGUGUGGGACCUUCGCAUGGGUCAGCCGCUCGCGGUUCUGCGGCAGCACACGGGAGAGGUGAAGCGGGUCGCUUUCUCUCCUUACAGCCGCAUGCUAGCAACCACAUCCGGAGAUGUCACCGCUCGCCUCUUCGACACGUCCACAUUUGAAUGUCUCCACGUCCUUAGUUCCCACGCCGAUCACGUGUUUGACGUGGCAUGGUCUCCGUCCGUCGAUUUUCUGGUGACCGCAAGUCAUGAUCGGUUCUGGAAGCUUUGGAGGCCAUCACUUGGCGGUGACACGAAACUGUUGUAAGAUAAGGUAUAGGUACAUUCGCCGGCGCUUGACAGCCUUCCACAAGAGCAGCAACAUGUAAUCUUCUUUGACGUUGCCAGGAGUCCGACCUGAAUCUCAACGGCAUUUGGAGAGCCCGUUUGGCCCUGGCCGCUAUGUGCGAUCGUACUGAUCCUUAUUCCAAGUUAC